AUGAGUGGUCUUCUCUUUCUAAGUGUGUCACAAAAUUCUAUAGAGGGAGAAGUUCCAUCAGAUAUUGGAGAACUGAAGGCAAUUGUAGAACUAGAUAUUUCUGGUAAUCACUUUUCAGGAAUGAUACCAAGAAAUUUGGGUGACCUCCAAAACCUGCAGUCUCUUGCCCUGUCAAACAAUUCAUUUUCUGGCCAAAUUCCAUUAUCCUUUGCCAACCUAAUAAGCUUGCAAUUCUUGGAUUUGUCUUUAAAUGCGUUGUCAGAGGUCUAUGUGGAGCGCACAUAUUGGAGAUUCCUGCUUGUGUUGCAACUCACUAAUCCUGGACAACAAUCAAACCUUAAGGAGGUUGUGGUAAAAAUUGUUACUCCAGUGAUUAUUUCAUCCUUUGUGAUACUCUUGUUGGUCUCAAUUUGGAUAAUGAAAUGGCAGAAGAAAGGAAAGUCUGAAGAUGUUGAAAAGGUACCAGAGAUCAAGACUUUUCAAUUGAUUUCCUAUCAUGAGAUUCAACGAGCAACAAAUAAUUUUGAUGUAUCAAAUUUAAUUGGUGUGGGAGGUUCUAGCUCAGUGUACAAAGGCACAUUAUUUAGUGGAGUUGUGGUUGCAAUAAAGGUUCUGGAUUUAGAAAAUGAGCAUGUAUGCAAGAGAUUUGAUACUGAAUGUGAAGUGAUUAGAAAUGUUAGGCACAGAAAUCUUGUUUCGGUUAUUACUACUUGUUCCAGUGAUCAUAUAAGAGCCUUUGUUCUGCAAUUUAUGUCCAAUGGAAGUCUUGAUAAUUGGUUGUACAGAGAAGAUCGCCACUUGAACCUUCUUCAAAGAAUCACCGUAAUGCUUGAUGUGGCUAUGGCCAUUGAAUAUCUACACCAUGGUCAUGAUACUCCGAUUGUUCAUUGCGACCUAAAACCAGCCAACGUUUUUUUGGGUGAAGAUAUGGUGGCUCGUGUUGGUGAUUUUGGCAUCUCUAAAAUUUUAGCUGUAAGCAAGUCCGUGGCACAUACAGAGACAUUGGGCACUCUUGGUUAUAUUGCACCAGAAUAUGGCUCGGAAGGAAUAGUGUCCGCUAGUGGUGAUGUUUAUAGCUAUGGCAUCAUGCUAAUGGAGGUUUUGGCAAAAAGAAGGCCAACUGAUGAAGAGAUAUUCAAUGAAAAUCUUGGGUUGAGGGAGUGGAUAAGGCGAGCAUUUCCAAAUACUAUGUUGGAAGUUGUGGAUGCCAAUCUUUUUCCUGAGAGAGAACAAAUUACUUCCAAAAGUGAAAUCUGCAUAGCCUCCAUGAUAGAAUUGGCUUUACAUUGCACAAAGGAAACGCCAGAAUCAAGAAUAACCAUGAAAGAUGUCGUAAAGAGGCUUAACAAAAUCAAGAAUGCAUUUUGGGAAAUUUCAAAAACGCAAAGGGUUGUGGCCUUGGCUCUUCCUAAUUUGCAACUUCAAGGCACAAUAUCCCCGUCUUUGGCCAAUUUGUCCUUUCUCAGAGAGCUCAAUCUCGAGAAUAACUUAUUCCAUGGUGGCGUACCAUACAGACUUGGCCACUUGCCUCGCUUGCGAGUGAUUAUUGUUCGAAACAAUCAGCUAGAAGGAAGUAUUCCGACAAGUCUAUUUCAACACCAGAGAGUUCAAAUCAUUUCAUUGGCUUACAAUAAACUCAGUGGUGAAAUGUGGAAAGGGCCAUGGUAUGUACCCGAACUCAGAGUCCUAAGUCUCAGGAAUAAUAGCCUCACAGGUAUAAUCCCUUCUUCUGUUGGAAAUGCCACAAAGUUGCUGAACUUCAGUUUGUCUGGGAAUAGAAUCAAUGGUAUCAUUCCAACUGAGAUUGGUAAUCUUAGCCAACUUAUAGAGUUGCAUUUGUUCAAUAAUCAAUUAGCAGGUUCCAUUCCCGCAACACUGUUUAAUAUUUCGUCGCUAAUUAGAGCAUCUCUAGCAAGCAAUAGCCUUUCUGGUCCUCUCUUACUUGAUGAAGGGAAUAUUGUGUCAAAUCUGAAGUAUCUAAGUAUAUCUAAGAACCAAAUUUCUGGUUGCAUUCCUUCUAACAUAUGCCAACUCACAGAGCUCAAAAUUUUGUCCAUAUCUUAUAACAAUAUGAUUGGAAAAAUACCCAGAAAUAUUGGUUGUUUAUCCAAAAUCGAGGAGUUUUAUAUUGGAAAUAAUCCAAUAACAGGGACUAUUCCCACUUCAUUGGGUAAUAUUUCCACUCUGCGGAAUCUUUAUUGUGGAAACAGUCGCAUAGUAGGGCAAAUUCCAAAGGCUAUUUUUAACCUAUCUUCUUCGGAAAUGAUUGAUUGCAGUUACAGUAACCUCUCGGGUAGAAUUCCAACCACAUCAGGUCUUCAUGUUCAGAACCUUAAAGAACUUUUCUUGGGACACAAUCGGCUCGAAGGGGAAAUUCCAUUGUUCAUAGCAAAUGCUUCCAAGCUUGAGAUAUUGGGGCUAGAAAAUAACUUUCUCACUGGCACUAUUCCUACUAAUUUGGGGAAUCUCCGUGAGCUGCAAGAACUGUUCCUACAUGAUAAUCAACUUACCAAUGAACCAAGAGAGCAUGAGUUGCAAUUCUUCAAUUCUUUGGCGGACUGUAGGAUGUUGCGAUAUCUACAAGUGGGUUCCAAUCCGUUGAAUGGCAUUCUGCCCAAUUCUAUUGGGAAUCUUUCAUCUACUAUUGAAAACUUUCAUAUAGAAGAUGCACACAUCAAUGGCCCCAUCCCCAGGGGCUUACUCAACAUGAGCGGUCUAAUAGCCCUAAACCUUGGAGAAAACAACUUGGCGGGAAGUAUUCCUUCUGAUGUUGUUAAGCUUGAACAACUCCAAGGUCUGUAUCUAAAUAACAAUAAAUUGCAGGGACAUAUUCCAGAGGCAGUAUGCCAUUUAUCUAAUUUGGUUCAAUUAAGUCUGGGUGGUAAUGAGCUCUUUGGAUUAAUUCCAGAAUGUUUAGGAAAUCUUAGCAUGCUACAAGCCAUUAUGUUGAGUUCUAACAAAUUUUCAUCCAAGAUUCCUUUGAGCAUUUGGAAGAUGAGUAGUCUUCUCUAUCUAAUCAUGUCACAAAAUUCUAUAGAGGGAGAAGUUCCACAGGAUAUUGGAGGACUGAAUGCCAUUGUAGGACUAGAUCUUUCUGGUAACCACUUUUCAGGCAUGAUACCAAGCCAAUUGGGGGACCUCCAAAACAUGAAUACUCUUGACCUGUCAAACAAUUCAUUUUCAGGCUCAAUUCCAUUAUCCUUUGCCAACUUGAUAAGCUUAGAAUACUUGGAUUUGUCUUUAAAUGUGUUGUCAGGUACUAUUCCCAAGUCUUUGGAAAAGCUAUUAUACCUUAAAAGCAUUAAUGUUUCAUUUAAUGAUUUAGAAGGUGUAAUACCCAGUGGUGGUGUGUUUGCGAAUUCCACUCUGCAAUCAUUUAUUGGGAACAAAGGUCUAUGUGGAAUGCACAUAAUGGAGAUUCCUGCUUGUGCUAUCACUACAACUGGACAACAAUCAAAGUCUAAGAAGCUUGUGCUUAAAAUUGUUAUUCCAGUGGUUGCUGCUUCUUUUCUGAUAUUUUUGUUUGCUAUAGUUUGGAUAAUGAAACGACAGAAGAAAGCAAACUCCAAAGAUGUGGAAAAGGUACCGGAGAUCAGGACUUAUCAAUUGGUUUCUUAUCACGAGAUUCAACAAGCAACAAAUAAUUUUGAUGGAUCCAAUUUAAUUGGUGUGGGAGGUUCGGGCUCUGUGUACAAAGGUAUAUUAUCUAGUGGAACUGUGGUGGCAAUAAAGGUUCUCGAUUUGCAAAAUGAGGAAGUAUGCAAGAGGUUUGAUACUGAAUGUGAAGUGAUGAGAAAUGUUAGGCACAGAAAUCUUAUUCCAGUGAUUACUACUUGUUCUAGUGAAUACAUAAGAGCCUUUCUUCUACAGUAUAUGCCCAAUGGAAGUCUUGAGCGUUGGUUGUACAGAGAAGAUCGCCACUUGAACCUUCUUCAAAGAGUCACCAUAAUGCUUGAUGUGGCUCAGGCAAUUGAAUAUCUACACCAUGGUCAUGAAACUUUGAUAGUUCAUUGCGACCUAAAGCCAGCCAAUGUUCUUUUGGACGAAGAAAUGGUGGCACAUGUCGGUGAUUUUGGGAUCUCAAAAAUAUUAGCUGCAAGCAAGUCCAUGGCACAUACUGAGACAUUAGGCACUCUUGGUUACAUUGCACCAGAAUAUGGCUUGGAAGGAAGAGUGUCCAGUAGUGGUGAUGUUUACAGCUAUGGCAUCAUGAUGAUAGAGGUAUUGACAAAAAGAAGACCAACUGAUGACGAGAUAUUCAAUGAAAAUCUUGGCUUGAGACAGUGGAUAAGACAAUCAUUUCCCAAGACAAUUAUGGAAGUUGUGGAUGUCAAUUUUAUUCAUGAGGAAGAACAUUUCAAUUCAAAAAGUGAAAUAUGCAUAGGCUCCAUGAUGGAAUUGGCUUUGGAUUGCACAAAGGAAAUGCCAGAGUCAAGGAUAACAAUGAGAGACGUAGUCAAGAGGCUUGACAAAAUUAAGAACACAUUUUUGGGAACAUAG